CUCAGUUACUGUUUGAUUCAAAGAGUCAUAAAGACAACCUCGCCACAUCUCUGUUAGACCUUGUAGUAUGCUUACCUAGAUCUGAGAGGGACUUUCAGUAGAGACCAUGAUUCCAUGUGGACGACGCAUAAACAAAAAUGAGAAACACGAAGAGAAACUGGUAAUGUUCACCAAUCAUCCGGAGGAUUCUGAAAGAUGUGAAAGCAUGGAAUUGGACAAUAAAAUCCGAGAUCUGAUUGAGAGGAAUGCUUCUCCCGAUCUUAAAGGGGUGACCCUGGGAGCCACACCAAGUCACAGAAAUUCAUGUUCCCUAAAGACCCCAGGAAAAACAGCUUCCACGGCACAUCUUGCACAGGGAACAACUAGAAUGAGUGCUGCAGAAGGUUCUAUGGAGCAUGCAGAGUAUGAUCAAUCAUCAAGCAGAAAGAACUUGACAAAUUCUCUUGAACAAAAGAUAAGGUGUUUGGAAAAACAGAGAAAAGAGCUCCUGGAAGUCAACCAGCAAUGGGAUCAGCAAUUUAGAAGUAUGAAAGAGCUAUAUGAAAGAAAGGUCGCGGAGCUGAAAACGAAACUGGACGCCGCAGAAAGAUUUCUCAGCGCGCAGGAGGAGGAGCGGCAGCAGAGUCAGAGAGAGAGCGACAGGCUGCGCGAGCUGACCCGCGAGCGGCUGCAGCGCCAGGAGAAGGAAAAGGAGAGCCUACACGAAGAAUUACACGAAUUGAAGAAAGAAAAUAAGUUCUUGAAGGAAAAAAAUGCUCUUGUGAACAAGAAGAAGGAACAUUAUGAGUGCGAAAUAAAACGCCUCAAUAAGGCUCUUCAAGAUGCCUUGAAAAUCGAGUGUUCUUCAUUUUCGGAGGACUGUUUGGGAAAGUCUGAAAUGGAGUGCAGGCAUGAGGAGAUGCGAACAGAAAUGGAAGUUCUCAAACAGCAGGUGCAAAUAUAUGAAGAAGAUUUCAAAAAGGAGCGAUCAGACCGAGAAAGACUUAAUCAAGAGAAAGAGGAGCUGCAGCAAAUUAAUCGAACUUCUCAGUCCCAGUUGAACAGGCUGAAUUCUCAGAUAAAGGCUUGUCAGAUGGAGAAAGAAAAACUCGAAAAGCAAUUAAAACAGAUGUUGUUCCCGAUGUGUAACUGCGGCUUGAAUUCCCACGGGCAGGAUCCAUGCGCACCAGCAGGCCCUGGAGCUGCACGGGAUCAACAGAAGCCCCCACCAGACUAUCAGUGGUAUGCUCCUGACCAGUUUCCGCCAGAUGUGCAGCAUAAGGCAGAUGGUUUCUCUUCAGAAAAGAAAGUCAAUCAGUAGAAGCACACACAAGUAGAGGAACAUUCGGGCCAGAGGGAGAGCUUGGCUGAGGACCCUCGUUUUUCUUUUUACUGGUGGCUUAUGUCAACACAACUGCACAUCAUCUACUCCAUGAUUCGUGCAUGGUAGUGUUUCCCUUUGGCACAGAGAGAGGAAAAGACUUGGGACAGCUAAGAUCCUGAUCAAGUCGGAGAAGCCAGCAUUACACAACCAAAUGCAAUGUCCAGUUUCCUCAAAAUGAGAUUUGGCAGAUGGAUUAUGCGCCAUUCUUUGAAACUGUCUUCAGCAUAUUGCUGUUGGACUUACAGAGGCUGAUCUCAUGAUUUCAGCAACUCCACUUUUGGUACAGUGAUGUUCUAUGUUGAUUGAAAUAUAUAUUCCCUGGGGGAAGAGUUACUGCAGUUAUAAAUUUGUAACAUUGCUCCCAUGAUUUCUGUCGGGGCUUGGUUCUUUAGCCUGUGUGACUAGGUACUGUGCUCAUCAUUGUUGGUCUUGGUGAACCUAUGAUUAGGACUAAAGACAUGUAUAGACCUCCUUAAACUAAAUGAAUGGUUCAAUUUGAAUAAAAUGGUAACCUUGAAACUAUGCUUUGAGCAGAUCAUUUCUAUAAGGCAGAUAGAGAAAUUGUGAGCCUCCUUCAUUCUUCGGUGGGAUAGGUUAUGAAAGACAAAACUCCACUGUGAUGUUGAUGGCUUUGCUGUGUUCAUAUGUACUACAGUAGUAGUUUGGAGACACAUGGAUUUAGGGUGGAAUCUGUUUUUAUUUCCCAUGGAUUUGAGUAAUUAUUGAUGAACAACACGUCUGACUCCUCAAACCUAUAAAAUUGGAAAAUGAAUGUAUCCCGAUUCUAUUGUAAUUAAAUUUUACCGUGGCAUGACAGAUGUCUGAAGACUAAGCAGAUUUAAAGUAUUACAUUCAUCCAUUUAAUAAGGUUUCUGCUAGGACCAACCAACUGGAGGUCCUCUUUGUGAGGAGAUGUAGAACAGAAGUGUGAGACCCACAGAUAUAUGUAAUCCUAGAAGCACCUAAAGAAAACUAGGAGCAUCUGCUGAAGCAGUCAAAUGAAACCAUCCGACAUACUGCUGAAACUCUCUGGCUCAGCUUCCAGAAGUUAAACUACUUAAUUCCAGCUCAGACUCUUUUCUUUUUUUUCAACUCCUGAAUAUACACACAGCUUUGUGUAAUGGGAAGGUGAACCAGCCUUAGAAAGUUAAAUACUUUCAGCCGGGGUCUGGCUACUAGGAAGAUAAUUCCUGAGAAAGAAUUAUCCUUCUCUUACAUUAAUUCUCCUAAGCUUUGUUUUUGCUGCUACUUAUUAAGGAGACAAA